AUGGCAAUAGCUCCUGGAGGAGAUAACCUAGCCGAUAGGGAGCGCAACCCGCCACCUAAGCCUAUCCCAUUAGAGUUCCCGAACUAUAUCCCACCACGAUGUGAAUCCCCCUUGAGCCAGAAACAUAUCAAAACCGUUUGCCGGAGUCUUGCGUCUAUUCGUCGGCUUGCAGACAUUCAAGACUCCCAUCUUGCACAUCUCAACGUUCAGCUCGACCAAGAUGUUCCCCCCUCAGAAUUAAUCCCCAGCCAGGGGUUUGAGGCUCGCCCGCUCCUGUACGAUGCCGAUCUCACAGCCAUGCUGACGGAACUCGAAGCUGACAAUGAAGACGCUUACCGGGAAAUCCUCCGGAUGCCUCCACUAGAGGGCCGAAAGAAACCCCGCCUAGCUUAUUCCAGGAACUUCUUUGCAAGUCUAGAAGAUAUGAGUCGGUAUUGGGACGACAGCAAAGACAACUACUAUGAGGUUGAGGCGAGCCAUGCAGAAGACCCGGGCAAAGAUCUCGAAGACGCUGGCGACAAAUCCAUGGAAGCCUUGGAGUCAAAUGAAGUCGAAAUGACAGGGAUCUCCCGCAACAGACAGAAUGUACAACGAAGCAACGAACAGGUGGUCAACGGAAGCCCUUCUGGCGUUGACAUAAACACACAAACUACAGAACUUUCUGCUCGGCCGAAAAUGAAACAGGUAUACAAAGGAAAUCGAUUAGGCAACGGCGAGCAAAUGACGGCAGGUACACGGGUCGCGGCACUGCGAAACCUCCUCAAGAUGGCCGUCCACAAAUUCAAUUGCCGGGAUUACGACGUCAGUCCACGGGAGAGGUUGCGGAUACAGAACAUCAAUGUUCCUGCUGCGUCGUACAACUUCUGUGUCGCAAAGCUGCCAGCCGAGCCGACACUUCUAAGAGCAAGAAUGGUGGAAGGGCCGCUUAUGGCCGUGCAUUGUCGAAACGAAGUGCGAUUCAAAUCCAGAGAGGGUCUUCUGAGUCCAACCAGUGAUUUUGUAGGAGAGAAAUUCGAUCUCUUUCGCGAAAUAGGGGGUAUGUUGAUGCUUGCGAAACAGAGAGCGCGAGAAGGGCAGACACUGUCUAAAGAACCUAGAGAGGAUCAGUGGUGGGCUGUCAAAAGCCGAUGGGGCGGAGGCGAGAUGAAAUGGGGUCAGCUUGCCAGUGAAGUUUUCGAAGACGACGAUCCUAGCUGGAGUGUCGCAGAGCGGCGACUACAGCUGGAAAAGCGAGAGAAAGAAGAAGAUGAACGCAGAAAGGCAGAGGCAGCAGUCGCGACUGACCUGAAUAAUCUCAAACCGGAGGAUCUGAUUUCCGGACCACCGACCCCUGGCAGCGAGCGACCCAAGAAGAAGAAGAAAAGCGGCGCAGAAGGUGGUGCGUCGAAAGAUAGGAGCGAGUACAAAGAUGGGCGGAAGUUGAUGUACGUUCCUCCCUUACGGCGGAAGUGGUAUCAGGAAUGGGUGAAAAUUCGACCGAACGGACCUUGCUGGGACGAAAAGAUCAUCUAUCGAACUGUUGGCAAGGUCGGAGAAGGCGAAGGGAACGUUGGCUGGGAUGAUGUCUACAUGGUUUCGGGUGCCAAUCACCACGCCUGCAUACUGAGGAUGAGCGUCCACGACAACUACCUCGAAUGGCUGGAGACUGGGAAAGCCAGCAGUGUGAGUCGAGGAGGCACGUCUGAGAAGCCAGGCUCCCGGCAGGACCACGUGCUGUAUGUGAGUCGAAGUCCAUGGUUUGAUCUCUUCGAGAUCGAGCAACGAAAAGAGCUCCUCGUUGCCAUAUGGCGGAUAUUGAGCUGGAUGAACAGAAAGGAAGUGCCAAAAGAGCAGAUCGAGAAGAUGGAAGAGCUCAAGCAGCAGCAGACGGAGCAAUUGAACGGAGACCGCGAGAUGGAAGUCUGA